UUUCACAGUUUCACCCCAUUUUAGCCGUAUUUGAACCACAUUCUCUCUUUAUUUUAUUCACUCACUCCCUUCUUCUACUGUCACGGAUCUGCAACUUGCUCUGUUUCUGUCUACCCGGAGAAUGGAGCGCUUCACCUUUCUCCCUCUUUUCCUCGUUCUUUCCACUUUCAUUUCCUGCCCCUCUUUUGCUGAGAAUGGUGCUAUUGGAGUUAACUACGGCCGGAUCGCCAACAAUCUGCCCUCAGCUGUCAAGGUCGUGGAGCUUCUCAAGUCUCAGGGAUUAAAUCGGGUCAAGAUUUACGACGCCGACCCGUCCGUACUCCGGGCAUUGUCCAGAUCCGGCAUCAAAGUCACCGUCAACCUCCCUAACGAGCAGCUUUACAAUGCCGCCAAACGGGAGACGUUCGCCUACAACUGGGUCCAGCGUAAUAUCGCCGCCUACCACCCUGCCACCUGGUUCGAAGCCAUUGCCGUCGGUAACGAGGUCUUCGUUGACCCGCAAAAUACGACCCGGUUUCUCCUUCCGGCCAUGAGAAACAUCCAUGAAGCUCUGGUCAAGUUCAAUCUCCACGGAGAUGUCAAGGUCUCCUCCCCCAUCGCGCUCAGCGCGUUGCAGAAUUCGUACCCUUCCUCCGCCGGGUCAUUCCGGCCGGAAUUUGUCGGACCCGUUUUGAAACCCAUGUUGCAGUUCCUUCGCCAAACCGGGUCGUACUUGAUGGUCAACUGUUACCCGUUCUUCGCUUACGAGUCAAACUCCGACGUCAUCCCACUCGACUACGCUCUCUUCCGGGAGAAUCCCGGCGUCGUGGAUGCCGGAAACGGCCUCCGGUACUUCAACCUGUUCGAUGCUCAGAUCGACGCCGUCUUCGCCGCCAUGUCGGCGUUGAAGUUCGACGACAUCAAACUUGUCGUGUCGGAGACUGGGUGGCCGUCGAAGGGAGACUCCACUGAGCUCGGCGCCAGUGUGGACAACGCCGCCGCGUACAACGGAAACCUUGUCCGGAGAAUCCUCACCGGCGGCGGGACCCCUCUCAGACCGAAAGAGAAGCUCACCGUUUUCCUCUUCGCCCUGUUCAAUGAAAACAAGAAGUUCGGCCCCUCGUCGGAGAGGAACUUCGGGCUUUUUUACCCCGACGGGAGAAAAGUCUACAACAUCCCAUUCACGGCGGAAGGCCUGAAAACCUACCGGGAGGUCCGGCCGCCGGUCACCGGGAACCACUGGAUUUCAAGAAGGGGGCAGGGGAACGUGUCGGGGCAGACGUGGUGCGUUGCGGACGCGGAAGCGGGGAAAGAAAGGCUACAGGCGGCUCUAGACUUCGCUUGCGGUGAGGGCGGGGCCGACUGCCGUUCGAUCCAGCCGGGCUCCACGUGUUAUCAUCCUGACACGGUUGUGGCCCACGCCUCGUUCGCAUUCAACAGUUACUAUCAGAAGAAGGGGCGUGCUGGAGGCACGUGCUAUUUCGGUGGGGCCGCCCACGUCGUCACGCAGCAACCUAAAUAUGGGAACUGCCAACUACCCACUGAAGUUUGAGCAGCAAGCAUACUUGGACAACAUAAAAAGGCCAAAACUUUGUUGAUGAUGAAACCAGCACAGUAGGUGUUGGUUGAAUUUAGUCACUCACCCCUUUUUUAGCUAUUGUGGACCGGCCUUUGAUGAGUACGAGUAGUGUAACAUUGUUCCAAACUUAAUUAAUCGUUCCAAAGUUAUUGUGGGUUAGUGUAACAUAUGGAGUAGCAAUGUUCUGCUAAUAAGCAAUAAUUAAUAUUUUGUUUUUACCAAGUAGUUUAUGUUGACUUGGUCUAUGUUAGACCACUUGGCAGACCACUAAUUCAGUAUUUUGUUCACCCUCUCGGAAUUUUGCUCACCUUUUCUUACUUUUUAUGAGUUUAGAAUGGUAAGUUGGUAACAGAACUUCUUUAUAUUCUUGAAAUGUGAAAUGUGCAUCAAACAAUGUACUUCCUCUUUCUAUAUUAUCAUCUUUUCAUUUUGGAUGGUCUCAAAAUGGAUUUUUUUGUUUCUUUUUGUGUAACAAAUAAAUGGUUCAUAUCAUUUUAUCUUAUUAUUGUUUUGUAACAA